CUCCAAAGGUUGUAAUUCGUCCAUGACGUGCGUUGAGGACCUGCACAUGGCGAUGGCCAAGCGCUUCAACAUGGACCUAACGUGCACGCGGGCGGACGUCGACGCGUUCAUUGUCAACAAGCUUGGCCUCGAACUCGGCAAGGGCAUUACGGGGCCCGAAGAAAGACGGCUCAAGGAUUUCCUUUAUCACCACGGGUAUCGUUGGAGUCGCAAGACCCUCGCGAAGAGAACGGAGAUCAAGCAGACGCCUGGCGGAGACAAGGCCGACGACGUGCGUCGGUUCUGCGCCUCCGAGGGCCUCGGCAUGUACCACGUCACGACGGCUGAGAACCCGGGCUUCAUCCAGCACGUCAUGGCCGUUCACAUGCAGCGCGACAAGAGCGAGUACUGUGAAGACGGCGAGUGGCAUCCGCUUGACGAGCUCAGCUUCAACUCGCGAACAUACGUACGCUACGUCCGCCGUUUUGUGCCCAAAUCGGAUAAAGAACUUGCGGCAGAAGGCCAAGUCAACCAGAACCAGAACGACGACGCCCAGCACGUCGAACUCAUCGACCUCACAACAUCGGACAGCGACGAAGACGAGGAAAGCGGCGAUGAUGACGACGACGAGGAGUACGUUGACGGUGACGAGUAG